AUGAACAUCGAUCCUACCAACAAUAGAGAAGGAAACUCCACCAACCCCCAACCAGAAAACUCCCCUCCUCCUAAAACCCUCGAAGAAUUACAAAUGCAAUUGGAAUUCUUGCAAAAGAAAUACAACCAAGACAUCGAGGAAACCACCACCAAAAUCUCCAUCAUGGAUUCAAAAAAAGCGAAGAUAGAAAAAGAGCAUAACGAGCUCCAAAAACGAUUUAACAGCAUAAAACCACUACGAAUUAACGACCCAACUAAGUUCAACGGAACGCCUAAAAAACUUGAUCACUUUCUCCAGCAACUCGACACCCAUUUCCAACUCCAAACCGGACGAUUCCCUAAUAAUAAAACCAAAAUCUUCUUCGCAGGAAUAUACCUCAAAGGUACUAUCCUACAAACUUACAUCACCUACCAACAACAUUAUUCCAAACCCAUUAAGGAACAAAAAGAGCAUGUUGUCAAAGUUAUAACCAACUACAAUACCUUCACCAAAUUCCUCAAACAGUAG